AGUUAUAGUUAUGAACUCUGUAUGCAGCAGCUCCUGACACACUGCAUGAAAACGAGCUCACUGAAAUCAACUUCAGAGCAGACCACGCAGCUUCUGAAAGAAGCCACCAUAGUUGGAAGAAAGUUACUUCCCUCAUUUAGGAAGAUUUCAGAUGCUUCAUAGAUGAUUUGGGUUUUUUCCAGCACAAUGAAGAAAACGUCCUGCUUCUGCAUGACUUUUUCUUCCUUGUUGGAACAGAUGGUGAAGGCUUACAAAUACAUGACUGGUAUUUUUAUAGUGACUCAUACCUCAGAGCAACAGGCUUCAGAUCGCGAUAAGCAGCCAACCAAGAUGGAUGUUAGCUUACUUGAGGAGCAGUAUGACCAUAGAAAACAGAAGCAAAAACUUCAAUCACACAUUAUUGUAUUUAAAACAGGUGAGCAUGAAUCUAUUCUCCCAGAAUCAAUGGUCAAUGCUGUUUUAAUUAACAAAAAAGUUGGAAGAUCAAAGUCAUUUACAGAACACGCCCCUGUCAGAAAGGUUACACUGGAGAUGACCAGCGACGGCAACGUACAAGACAGUUCCCCAUGGCGUGCACACCUGGGAAUUCACCGCCUGGUGCAAGCCCCUUGUCAAGGAGUUCCCCGAGAUCUUUCCCACUGUAAGAACAGACCAUGCAGUUUUGACAAUCAGAGACUGAUUUCAAAGGGAAACAGUACCUUGCAACACAAGGAAUUAGAAGAAGCAAGUGAACUAUCUGCACUCAGCCAAAUGGGAAGUUCAAACACAUUGAACAGCUUCAGCAAAGAGAAUGGCAGCAACAUUUCAAGCACCUGCCAAAAGCCUUCUGUGAAAUCAGACACUUCAGCAGUUUGGACACAUCAACAUAUUUCUCCUACAAAAUGCACGCCAACCUGCAACAAACUGAACUUUUACCCUUUCCCUAUAAAAAGGGGCCCAGAAUUUCUGAAGCAGCAAGGAGGCUUGGACUAUAUGUCUCACAAUGAAGACACUCAGUAAUACAUACAACUCAGUCAAAAAACUUGACUAAAACUUAAAAGAGCAAAAUAGUCUUCCUAGUUACACUAGGAAGAUCUUUCAUUAGCCAAGGAAGAUCCUUACUAUAGAAUCUGUUGUUUUAAGGUACAGUGUAAAACAAGAUGUUCGCAUGAAGAUGCUGGCUUGAAAUGACAGAUACUCACUUCUGUUAUUUGAGAUGUAAGAGUGAUUUUAUCUUUUUCUUUACCUGUUUUCAGGUUACUGAUUUUAUCACAAUAUCUGAAAUAUCUGAAAAAGCUAGAGCAAAGAGUAGUAGAAUUACUGGUGAAGCAACUAGGCUAAAUUUCAGUAUGAUAUAUUUUAUUAAACAAUAAACAAGUAACAAAUGAAACAGUAUUGAAGGUGAUUGGUACACUUAACAUAUGAUUUCAUUGUUCACUUUGGUUAAAAAAGAUAUUCAAGAUACUUCCUGAUGUGCAUAUUUCUAAAAUGAAAUAA